GGCAGAGCGGCAGAGUGGCAGUGGCUUAUUCCCGUUUUGGAUUGCGUGUCCAUCCACUACCCGUCGAGUCGCAAUCCAAGGUCUUACAUAUUGUACCUAGAAUAGGGCGAAAAUCGCAUUCGCAUUCGAUCGAUUUAAUACACUAUAUGACGCCGUUGUAGUCUAGCGUUUAUAUUAUUUAUUUCCUUCUUCUUUUGCUUUCUAUCGUUUGUAUUUUCUUACAUACCUGCAUAGGUACUUGAACAUACCUAAUAUAUAAUUCUUCGUUGACGAAGCAUAUCAUAUAUCAUAUCAUAUCAUAUUAAUAUAUAUACAUACCUCUACAUACACUCAUUUACAUACUUCUCUUCCCCAACCUUUAAACUCUCUCCUGACUCGCCAAAGCUACAUGUAAGUCACGCACUUAAAUACAAUAGCUAGCAGCCACAACCCUGGAUACCUCGUAACCUUAUUAUUGGGGGACUCGCGCCGGUUGCCGUCCAAGGUUCCUAUCGAUUAUCCGUCCCCGAAACCUUGAAUCCCUGAAGUCGUUUUGGCCGUCGCGCGAAGAAUAUACACGCAAUGUCCUCCACCAACAUCGAGAUCAAUGGUGGCCACGAUCAUAUCCUACGUCCACGACCGCGGAAACCUCAACAUGCUCAAGUUGCCGAGCUCGCUAAAGAACAUAGCGGUGUUGCUGCUGAUGGAAAUGGAAAUGGAUACCUCGAGGCGCCCGUAGAGGACACUGGGUCAGGAAUGACAAGUGGCCGUUCGACUCCUGUCCCCGAAAAUGCUCCCGCGUCGACAAAAGCUCUGUCUAGUGCACGGAAACAAGUGCGAGCGGAACAGCGACGUCGUAUCUUCCCAACCACCGAAUUCGCCUCGCGCGUCUCUCACUUCGAUCCCGAAUCCGACUAUCGCGACUUUCAUGGCUUCUUCAACUUAUUCUGGAUUGGCCUGGCUAUCAUGGGAAUCACUACCAUGUUGCGCAACUAUAAGGAUACUGGAUACCCUUUGCGCGUUCAGAUAUGGACUCUUUUCACCGUCAAGCUGUCCCAUCUAGCCGUCGCCGAUUUCUCUAUGGUUGCUAGCACCGCCGUUAGCUUCUCUCUGCAUAAACUAUUCAGGAGUAGCCAGGGACCAUUGAGGUGGAAUAAGGGUGGAAGAGCUAUCCAAAGCAUAUAUCAGGUUGUGUGGCUUGCAUUUUGGAUCGCCAUACCCUUUAUUCUCAAUUGGACUUGGACAUCCCAAGUAUUUUUCCUGCUACACACCAUGGUUCUGCUCAUGAAAAUGCAUUCCUAUGCCUUCUAUAACGGCCAUCUUUCAGAAACGGAAAAGAGAUUGCGCGCUCUCGAUGAACCUCACAGCGCUUCCAAGGCCCCAGCGUACGCUUAUCCUUCGGUUGAUAAUCCCAUGGGGGAAUUAGUGCACGAGGAAAUGAAGGUUGAUAGCGAUGACGAGGAUGAGAGUCUAUCGCAGUUGCGCGAGGAUUUGGCUCGCGAGUUGACGAGCCCCAUUGGCAACGUGACAUACCCGCGGAACCUAUCGUGGCCAAACUACGCCGACUACCUUCUCUGCCCGACGCUGUGCUACGAGCUCGAGUACCCGCGCAAGGAGUCCAUCAACUGGACUUCACUUAUAGCCAAGGUAGUCGCCACCUUUGGUUGUAUAUUCCUGUUGACUAUCAUCUCGGAAGAGUUUAUCUUGCCUGUGCUGCAAGAAUCUACAAUCCGACUGGAAAACAGCUCUUCUGUAGCCGAGACGUUGCUCAUCCUCGCCGAGAACAUCUCGUGGCUUCUGUUCCCCUUUAUGUUGACUUUCCUGCUAGUGUUUCUCGUCAUCUUUGAGUACGUUCUAGGUGCCUUUGCCGAGAUCACCAAGUUCGCGGACCGUCACUUCUAUAGCGACUGGUGGAACAGUACCGACUGGAUGGAGUUCAGCCGUGAGUGGAACGUACCGGUGUACUCGUUUCUACGGCGCCAUGUAUAUGCGACGUCGAAGCCCACCAUCGGCCGUAGUAACGCGACAGUCAUUACGUUUCUAAUCUCAGCUAUCGGUCACGAAAUCGUCAUGGCAUGCAUCACCAAGAAGCUUCGUGGCUACGGGUUUAUUUGUCAGAUGUUGCAGUUACCGAUUGUUAUACUGCAGCGAACAAAGUGGGUACGCGCCCAUAAGACGGCGAAUAAUGUACUUUUCUGGUGUAGUAUGAUCAUGGGCUUGAGCUUGAUAUGCUCACUCUACGUACUUGUUUAAUUAGAAUCAGCAGGUAGACGGUUUAAGUAUAAAAGGGAAGAAAAACCCAAAGGUUAAAAAAAAAAUAAAGGGUGUGGAAUCUGUCGCAUAAACUAUACUACAACAAGCACUCAACCACUCAGACACACCGCCCAAAUCAUACCUAUCACUAAGGUCAUAUGUACUAUUAUACCAUCGGUCGAUUUCUGCAUGUUAUUUCGGAUAUACCCCUACUCUCAUAUUUGUUAUCGAUAGGCCUGGCAUAACAUACCUCAGCAUGUAUAUUAGCAUGUAUAUUACGUUGAUUUAUUUUUCUGGGUUGUAGUUUAACAGUGAAAAUUCAAGAAACAAGUGAGCAUCAUUGGUUUGCAUAUUAGGUUUAGC